AAGAAAAGACUGAAAAAGAAGGCAAAAUGUUGGCUAAUACUUUAUGGGGUGUCCUAGGUUCUAAUAAAUUUAAUCAUUAUAAUUAUCUGCCUUGGCAUUUAGCAGUUAGUCAAUUAGCCUUAUUAAAAACUUAUUACUUAUAUCGGCAGUUUUCGCCAGAAAAUAUAUUAACUAUUCGUAGUGAUUGUGUGCUAGUAAAAGGGAUAGUCAAAUUGCCGCCGGAAAUAGAAAAAAAUAAUCAUUUGUAUAAGAUAAAAUUUUUUAAAAAAUUGCGAUUAAGUAAAGAGUUAGAUAUUUUUGAUUGUGAGACUGGCACUUUAUUAAAAAGUCCUAAAUCAGAAGCAGAGUAUAAAGAGCAAUUACUCGCCCAACUAACCUCCAACCCUUCCUUGCUUCCCGCUUACCAAACUCUCCAAAAAGAAAACCAAGAACUAAAACUCCUCCUAGAAGGCUAUAAAUUAGGCACCACUAAAAGUAGUAAACAAAAAGGGGAAGACCUAGAAAAAUAUAUCACGGAACGCUUACAAGAAACUUAUAAUGGGCAGGAUGACAUCUCCAAAAUCACUCAUGUAGGGACUAAGGCGGAUAUUAGCCAAAUUAUCCACUCCGAUGGACAGAAUGUCGGACAGAUUAUUUACGAAGUCAAGAAUGAAGACAAAUGA